AUGGGUUCCUCUGUUCCUCUAGAUUCUUCUCAAUCUCAACCCUCUCCCACUUCCAAUUCAGGUGUUAAAAAAAACAAGAGUAAACAGAAAUCUGCUGUUUCCAAAACUGAAGAGGAAGUUAUGGCUGGAGAUGGAGAUAAACGAAAGAAACGAGGUUUGUCAGAAAGAAGUGAGCAGCCUGCUGCUACUCGCAAAAUGCCAAAACGGGCUGCAGCAUCAAAAAAUUUGAAGGAGAAAUCCUUUUCCAUAUCUGAGAAAUCUUCUCUCAUUGAAACAAAGAAGGAUCAAACUGUAGAUGAAGAAACUCUGGCUGUCCGCCUGACUUCUGGACAAGAUGAAGGUCGUCCAAAUAGAAGAAUUACAGACUUUAUCCUUCAUGAUGAAGAUGGUAAAGCACAGCCACUUGAAAUGCUGGAAGUUAAUGAUCUAUACAUCUCUGGAGUUAUAUUUCCUUUUGAAGGAAGUACAGACAAGAAAAAAGAGAAAGGUAUUAGAUGUGAAGGCUUUGGUCGAAUUGAAUCAUGGAAUAUAUCUGGCUAUGAAGAUGGCUCUCCAGUGAUAUGGCUUUCUACUGAUGUUGCUGAUUAUGAUUGCCAGAAACCAGCUACUAGUUACAAAAAAAUUUAUGAUCCUUUCUUUGAAAAGGCCCGAGUAUGUAUAGAAGUAUACAAAAAACUUGCAAAGUCUUCUGGUGGAGACCCUGACAUAAGUCUUGAUGAGUUACUUGCUGGCAUGGCACGGUCUAUGAGUGGUAGCAAGUCCUUUUGUGGAACUGCAUCUCUAAAGGAUUUCAUUAUUUCUCAGGGUGAGUUCAUUUAUAAGCAGCUCGUAGGUUUGGAGAUGACAUCGAAGACAAAUGACAGGAUGUUUGCAGAUAUUCCUGCUCUUGUUGCUCUUAGAGAUGAGAGUAAGAAACAAGCAAACCAUGUACAUGCACAGGUAAUGCCUUCAAAUCGGAGUUUAACAAUUGAUUCUGGAAUUGGAGAUGAAGAGAACAACAAUGAGAUGAAUUCAAUGACUUCUGUAGCUGAGGAGGAUGAAGAUGCAAAGUUAGCAAGGCUAUUGCAUGAAGAAGAGUAUUGGAAAUCUAUGAAGCAGAAGAAAAACCCAAGGUCAUCCUCUGCAUCUAAUAAAUACUAUAUCAAAAUUAACGAAGAUGAGAUUGCCAAUGAUUACCCUCUCCCUGCUUAUUAUAAAACCUCCCUUCAAGAAACAGACGAAUUUAUAGUCUUUGAUAAUGACUAUUACGUGGAUGACAUUGAAGAUCUUCCUCGAAGCAUGCUGCAUAAUUGGUCUUUAUAUAACUCGGAUGCAAGAUUGAUUUCCUUGGAACUUCUUCCUAUGAAGCCUUGUUCUGAGAUUGAUGUUACAAUCUUUGGAUCAGGUAUAAUGACUUCAGAUGAUGGAAGUGGGUUCCAUUUGGAUACUGAGAAUGGCCAAUCUUCUUCCAAUGGUUCUGGAGCACAGGUUGCUGAUGGAAUUCCAAUUUAUCUGAGUGCCAUAAAGGAAUGGGUAAUUGAAUUUGGAUCGUCUAUGAUUUUCGUAUCUAUCAGAACAGAUAUGGCCUGGUAUAGACUUGGCAAACCAUCAAAGCAGUAUGCUCCUUGGUAUGACACAGUUUUGAAAACUGCAAGGCUUGCUAUAAGCAUUAUCAUGUUGUUGAAGGAGCAGAGCCGAGUAUCGCGACUUUCCUUUGGAGAUGUCAUCAGGAAAGUAUCUGAGUUUAAUCGGCAAAAUAUGUCUUACAUUUCUUCUGACCCGUUGGCUGUUGAGAGAUAUGUUGUUGUCCAUGGACAGAUCAUUCUGCAACUGUUUGCAGAAUUUCCUGAUGAAAAGAUCAGAAAGUCUGCAUUUGUGACUGGUCUAACGAACAAAAUGGAAGAACGACACCAUACUAAAUGGUUAGUGAAGAAGAAGAAAGUUGUGCCCGGGAGUGAACCAAAUUUAAAUCCUAGGGCAGCAGUGGCUCCUAUUGUCUCCAAGAGGAAGGCUAUGCAAGCUACGACAACGAGGCUGAUCAAUAGGAUAUGGGCAGAGUAUUACUCAAACCACUUGCCAGAGGAUUCUAAAGUGGGAACUGCUAGUGAAUUAAAGGAUGAGGAUGAAGUGGAGGAAUUGGAAGGGAAUGAAGAUGAGGAUACUGAGGAGACAUUAGACAUGGAGGGAACCCAAAAGCCACCUUCAGUUUCCAAACAAACCAAAAUAUUUUCUGCUGACAAAGAAAUAAGAUGGGAAGGGGAUCCUGAAGGGAAGACCAGUUCUGGAUAUCUUCUGUAUAAGCAGGCAAUUAUUCAUGGGGAAGUUAUUUCUGUGGGAAGAUCUGUGUUAGUGGAAGUUGAUGAUUCAGAUGAACUUCCUGUUAUAUACUAUGUUGAAUAUAUGUUUGAAUCAAAGGUUGGACGUGGACAAAAAAUGUUUCAUGGUAGGAUGAUGCAGCAUGGUUGUCAGACUGUUCUUGGCAACACUGCUAAUGAGAGAGAGGUGUUUUUGACUAAUGAAUGCAGGGAUUUGGGACUGCAGGAUGUUAAGCAGACAGUUGUUGUAAAUAUUCAAAAAGCGCCUUGGGGGCAUCAGCAUCGGAAGGAUAAUAUUAUUGCACGUAAACUUGAUAGGGAUAGAGCAGAAGAAAGGAAGAAGAAAGGACUACCUAGUGAAUAUUACUGUAAAAGCCUGUACUGGCCUGAAAAAGGUGCUUUCUUCAGCCUUCCGUUUGAUACUUUGGGUCUAGGGUCUGGCAUGUGCCACUCUUGCAAAUUAAAAGAAGACCAAAUGGAGAAGGAUGUUUUCAAAGUAAAUCCAUCUAAGUCUGGUUUCCUAUUGAGAGGAACUGAAUAUUCUCUUAAUGAUUAUGUUUACGUAAGUCCUUUUGACUUUGAGGAAAGGAGAGAGCAGGCAACUUAUAAGAGUGGGAGGAAUGUAGGGUUGAAAGCUUAUGUUGUGUGCCAAGUGCUCGAGAUCAUUGUCAAAAAGGAAAUAAAACAAGCUGAAAUGAAAUCUAUACAGGUCAAGGUUAGAAGGUUCUUCCGACCUGAAGAUGUAUCUAAUGAGAAGGCAUACUGCUCUGAUAUACAAGAGGUGUAUUAUAGUGAUGAAACACAUAUAAUCUCUGUACAAUCCAUAGAAGGGAAAUGUGAAGUGAGAAAGAAGAAUGAUAUCUCCGAAAGCAGUGCCCCUGGAAUCUUCCAAAAUGCAUUUUUCUGUGAGCGUUUGUAUGAUCCUGCUACUGGGUCACUCAAACAGUUGCCAGCUCAUAUCAAAGUAAAAUAUUCAAGUGGAAAUAAAGAUGAUGCUGCUAGAAAGAGAAAAGGAAAGAGUAAAGAGGGAGCUAACAUUUCAGAGUCUGAUAAUGAAACAAAAACAUUGGAUGAAAAACGUUUAGCAACCUUGGACAUUUUUGCAGGUUGUGGUGGUUUAUCAGAGGGGCUGCAGCAGUCGGGAAUUGCAUUAACUAAAUGGGCUAUUGAGUACGAAGAACCAGCUGGGGAUGCGUUUAAAGCUAAUCAUCCUGAAGCAUUGGUGUUUAUUAACAAUUGCAAUGUUAUUCUUAGGGCUGUAAUGGAGAAGUGUGGGGACACAGAUGAUUGUAUCUCAACAUCUGAGGCUGCAGAAUUGGCUGGGUCACUUGAUAAGAAGGAAAUAAGCAGUUUACCAAUGCCUGGGCAAGUUGAUUUCAUUAAUGGGGGACCUCCAUGUCAGGGUUUCUCUGGGAUGAAUAGGUUUAACCAAAGCAGUUGGAGUAAAGUCCAGUGUGAGAUGAUAUUAGCAUUCUUAUCCUUUGCUGAUUAUUUUCGGCCAAGGUAUUUCUUGUUGGAGAAUGUGAGGAACUUUGUGUCUUUUAACAAAGGGCAAACAUUCCGUUUAACAUUGGCUUCACUUCUUGAGAUGGGCUAUCAGGUGAGGUUUGGUAUCCUUGAGGCUGGAGCUUAUGGUGUUUCCCAGUCAAGAAAAAGGGCAUUUAUAUGGGCAGCUUCUCCAGAGGAUGUGCUUCCUGAGUGGCCAGAACCAAUGCAUGUCUUUGCUGCCCCUGAGUUGAGAAUCACAUUAUCAGAAAAUGUCCAGUAUGCUGCUGUCCGUAGUACUGCAAAUGGUGCGCCAUUACGCGCAAUAACUGUUCGGGAUACCAUUGGUGAUCUCCCAGCUGUGGGCAAUGGAGCCUCUAAAGCAAAUAUGGAGUAUCAACAUGAUCCCGUCUCAUGGUUUCAAAAGAAGAUUCGAGGUGAUAUGGUUGUCUUGACUGAUCAUAUAUCAAAGGAGAUGAAUGAGUUGAACUUGAUUCGAUGUCAGAAAAUUCCCAAGAGACCAGGUUGUGAUUGGCGUGAUCUUGCAGAUGAAAAGAUAAAAUUAUCUACUGGGCAAGUUGUUGAUUUGAUACCUUGGUGCUUGCCAAACACAGCCAAGCGGCAUAAUCAAUGGAAGGGACUGUUUGGUAGGUUGGAUUGGGAAGGAAAUUUUCCAACUUCCAUAACAGACCCUCAACCAAUGGGGAAGGUUGGAAUGUGCUUCCAUCCUGACCAAGAUAGGAUUCUUACUGUUCGUGAAUGUGCCAGAUCUCAAGGCUUCCCAGAUAGCUACCAAUUUGCUGGCAACAUCAUACACAAGCACAGGCAGAUUGGUAAUGCUGUUCCUCCUCCACUGGCACUUGCUUUAGGGAGAAAGCUCAAGGAAGCGGUGGAUAAUAAGAGCUCCAGUUAG